AUGGGGCGCGACGACUCGGGCGAGGUGCUGGUCAUGCGGCCGAGCAGGGCCGACUUCAGCCGGCCGUUUGCAGAGUAUGUGACCAAGGUGUUCAAGAAGCACCCAGAUCUGCCGAUGUUCAAGGUCAAGCCGCCGGCAGGCUGGCGGCCCAGGAGGCGCCCCUUCCCAAAGCUGGACACGGUCGAGAUCGUAACCCCCAUCAAGCAGAUCUGCUACGGCAAGGGCGGCUCGUACCGCUGCAUCCUGAUGGAGCAGAAACGGAUGAACGUGCAGCGGUUCAAGGACAUCAGCGAGAGUGAGGGCCACACCCCUCCCGAGAGCAAGAGGGGGAAGGACCUGGAGGAUACCCUGCUGGAGAGGAGCUUCUGGAGCAGUGUGACCAUCAACCCGCCGCUGUAUGGGGCGGACACCCCUGUGUCAUUCUUCGAUGACAAGCUGGAGUACGGCUGGAACCUGCGCGGCCUGGACGGCUGCCUGCUGAGGCAGAUGCGCGUGCCAGACAUCCCCGGGGUCACCACCCCCAUGUGCUAUUUCGGGAUGUGGAAGGCAUUCUUCUCGUGGCACAAGUAG